UUUUGUUCGUUCUUGGCUUUUCUAUUCGUUUAUUAUGUCCUUUGAGUUGUCUCGAACUAGUGAGAAGAAUAAGAUGACUGCAUGGUCACCCCUUCCUAGAGGUGGGCGUAAAGUUACUUGACUGACAUCGUCACCAUGUUUGAACAUUAGAUCCAAGAGACGGAAAGCUUCAUAAGUCAGGUCCAGUAGAUCUCUAAUGUGUUGAGAUUAGGCUAGGGCAAUUGUGGUUUUGAACAAUUUGCCAUCAAAUUAUGUUGUUGAUGACCUUACUUCUAAGUUUCCCCAGUUACACUGUUUUGAUCAAAUCAUCAACAAACUAUUGCUUGCUUUAGGAUUUGUAAGAACAAACAUCAUAUAUGUGACAUUUGUUCUGCAGUCCUUUAGUGAGAAAUGGACGCGAACUUGUUUCACCCUUUCUUAAUAACCAUAAUAUUACACCAAAACGUGUAACCAUCAGAUGACGUUCACUUACGUCUACAGCAUUCCCAGUCCCAUACGAAAUUUACGCUUUAUCGUUUUACCUCUAAUUGGAUCAUGUUUACCUACAACUUUUCACCGUUUUGUGAAUCGUUUUUCAGCUUUAUACAUUUUGAAUAAAAUGCAAUCAAUGAGACGACUGAAGUUCUUUUUGCCAUAUUGUAUCAUAACAUUGGGGAGUGCGUUUCCUUUUGGAUAUCACAGUGGAGUGAUAAAUGCACCUGCUGACCUGAUCAAAAGCUUUAUAAAUACUACUCUGGUUGCUAGGUCAGUCACAUGUAAUGAACGUUGCAUCGACUUGAUAUGGUCACUCUGUGUUACAUCCUUCCUCCUUGGGGGAUUUUUUGGAGGCUUGAUUGGUGGCGUUUUGGCUAACAAGUUGGGCCGGAAAAAAUCACUAUUUCUGCUUUCUAUCCCAACUGUAAUUGGGUCACUCCUGAUGAUGUUUUCGAAAAUGGCACAAUCUUUCGAAAUGAUUAUUGUUGGGAGAUUUACAAUUGGGAUAGCUUGUGGCGCUCAUACAGUCGUUGGGCCUAUGUUUUUGUCAGAAAUAGCUCCUGUCAAUUUCCGUGGAGCUGCGGGAACUUUCAAUCAGUUUGUGCUUGUUUUCGCUAUAUUGUUGUCACAAGUGCUUGGUCUGCCUGAAGUGAUGGGGACAACUGAAUUAUGGCCAUAUCUACUUGCUUUAUGUACCGUUUCCAGUGUCAUACAUAUUUUACUUCUGUCCACUUGUCCUGAAAGUCCUACUUACUUAUACAUUAUUAAAGGUGAUCGUCGAAGGUCAGAAAAUGCAUUGGUUUACCUUCGAGGGCAAGAUUGCGAUGUACAUGCUGAAUUAGAACUACUAAAAAUGGAGACACAACAGUCAUCUACACACAAAUCAAAUUUUUGCGACCUACUACGUAUUCCAUACUUGCGAUGGGGACUGAUUGUAGCUUUGGUACUACAUAUUGGCCAACAGUUUUCCGGUAUAAAUGGAAUUCUUUACUACUUCGUAAGUUUAUUCAUAUCGAAUGGGUUAACAAAACAAGUUGCAAGCUAUGCGAAUCUUGGUACUGGAGUUACUAUUCUAAUUGGUUCAUUGGCAUCCAUAUUUAUUAUCGAUCGGAAAGGCAGACGUCCUUUAUUAAUGUUUGGAAUAUCAGCUUGCCUUUUUAGCCUCUUACUGUUCACUUUAACUUUGAUUAUUAAACAAGUGACUGAAAUCAAUAAACUCACAAUUCUAUCAAUUGUAUUGACAUAUACGUUUUUAUUUGGAUUUUCAGUGAGUUUAGGUUCUAUUCCAUGGUUUUUGGUUUCUGAAUUGUUUACGCAAGAAAAUCGUGAUGCUGCUGUCUCUAUUGCUGCAGCAACCAACUGGUUAUGCAAUGCUAUUGUAGCAUUAAUAUUCCCACAGUUGGUUAUCUAUAUUAAUAUUUAUGCUUUUAUACCGUUUAUAUGUGUAUUGUUGGCUGUAUUAAUAUUUGUCGGAUUGUAUCUACCUGAAACGAAAGGAAAAACGCCAGCUUCCAUCGAAGCUUACUUUAUGCGUCUUUGUGGUUUCCGUGGGACAGAAGUACAUGAAAAUCCAACAUUUACAGAUAUAAUAGAUGAUACAACACAAGCUUAGUUUGGUAACGGUGGCACUGAUGAUUUAGUUCACAAUUCACUUUGACAAGAAUAUUAUAUAUAAAUUAAUCCUUAUUUAUAUCGUGUACUAUUACCACUAUAAAUUUUAUAUACCAUUAUUUUUUUUUGGGAUAUUAUGC